ACGUCUGGAGAGAGGGUGUGUCCCGUCUCGCCGCGGACUAGGAACUACUCUUAUUAUCGGUGCUGUAGAUGAUUGUAGAUGAAUUAUGUCAACGGUGACUAUUUGCAGUGCGAUAUCUGUCCCGUGAUAGAUAGUUGACUGGAGUGUGCGUGCGCGUGGUGCCCGAGAAACUUUGAGAAAUCGCUAGUUCUUGAAGGUGCAGUGUAACUACAGGUGUCUUGUUUAUAUGGGCCAUUGGUGGUGCUGAAGAAACGUGAAUGAAAAGCGGAAAAGAAAUACAAGAAUAGAAAGAAAAGAAGGAAAAAAAAUAUUACUCGCAGGAUAACCCAAAAUAGUUGGUGGAAAAUACAGCUUGUGAUAAACCGAAAUAUAUUUCUUGAAGAGAGAGAGAAAGAGAGAGAGAGAAAUCGAAAUCUCUCGCUCGUAACGUAACUUCAAGGAAAAGGUGGUCAGUGUACCUCUAGGCGAGGGAGGUAGGCCUUAGUUAUUAGUUUCGAAGUUACGAAGUCUGCAGGGAACUAACUCGAAUUCCGUGAGAGGCUCGCCCUAUCUGCGUCUGCUUAUCGCUACCCGCUGAUAAAUUCACAGGUACGAUUCGGAGACGAAAAGAGAGAGAAGAGAGAGGAGAAGGAGAGGGAAACGAGAGAGAGAGAGAGGAGGAGGGGCCGAUCGGCAGCUGGUAAAUGGCGAGGAGGCUUUCAAGAAUGGCGAAUUUACCUUGAACAUAACUGAAGAAGCGGUCUGACCAGUGUCCGUCUUCAAGAUACAGAUCCGGCCAUGGAGACUUAGGACGGACAGGAAGGAACACCGGAACGCCCCCCCCCCCCCCCGUCUAUCUUGUCUAUCUCAGACAAUCCUCCGACCUUCCCCCACUCCCCUCCUUUCUUAAUCCUUCCCUCCUUCCCCGUUUUAUUCGUUCUCCCACCUCCCCUCUACACCCCCUCCCAAUCUCCCCUUCCUUCCUUCCUUCCUUCCUUCCUUCUUGGCACAAAACUAUCCUCCUCCUUGCCUCCAGGAUUUCAAAACAAUGGAGUCCUUCGCCAACGUCGAGCUCGAGGACUACUUCAACGAAGUCCGAACCAUCAGUCGCAGGACGUCGCAGUCUAAUUCGCAGUCCGAGGAGGAAGUCCGGAGCCACGAAGAUGACGGCGAAUCCGACGAGCACUUCCUGGAGGAGCUCGGCAUCCCCGUCAAGCAGGACUCGGAGCUCUCGGAGGACAACAUCACCUACAACAAGUUCAUGGGCACGCUCAACCCCCGCCAGGAGGAGGCCCUGAAGCGCCGCGUCCGCACCCUCAACGCCACCAUCAGGCGCAAGAAGCAGAGGCAGAAGCCCGACAUCAGGAACUUCUUCGCCAACACGGACAACUCGAGCACGGGCACGCGCAGCCGCAGCGCCACCCCGGACUCGCUGGACUCGGUGUCGCCCCCGCGCACGCCGCCGGACCCGCACCCGAAGUCCUGGGUGGACCCGUACCUCAGCCGGUCCCGCGGGUCACUCGACUCCGGGAACCACUCGCUGGUCACUUCCCCUUCGGUCAUCACCUCCCCGACGCCCUUCGCGGAUCACCACCAUCAUCACCAUCACCACCACCAUCACCAUCAUCAUCACCAGGCGGAUCACCAUCACCAUCAGGAUCAUCUUCCUACGAGGACUCACCACGGCGUCGGCAGGAGGUACUCGCCCCCCAGUGACUCUGCCACGAGGUGA